AGGAAAUAUUAAAUAGAGCAAUAUAAACACUCGGCUGGAGGGGAUAAGGGGCGGACGCGCCCCGCCCCACCGCCACUGCCACUGAAAGCGGGGCCAGAGAGCCGGGCGGCAGCAGUGAGCCUGCAACAUGGACAAGAACGCCUACGCCAUGGCCAAGUUCGGCCUGGAGUCCAGGGACAACCUGAUCCCCAAGCGGGACUGUGGCUUCUACAUGAAAUACAUCUUCCUAUUCACCUCGGUCAUCCAGUUCCUCAUCAUCCUGGGGCUGGUUCUCUUCAUGCUCUACGGCAACGCCCACGCCGGCACCGACACCCACCUGCGGCACCUGGAGGAGCAGGUCCAGGAGCUCUACAGCAAGAUGACGCUGCUCAACGCCAAGAACAAAAACCUCACCCAGCAACUCAACGCUACCAGCAAGGAGAAGCUCGGCUGCUUCCAGCAGAUGACGGCAACCCAGAAAGAGUUGGAGAAAUGCAACGCCACCCUGCGGACCUGCAACGCCGACCUGGUCCAGUGCCAGAACAUGUUGAUCUACGCCCAGUACUACAAGCUGAUGGCGGAGGAAAGCUCCAGGAACAUGAACAUCCUGAACAUCACCUGCUACGCCGAGAAGCUGAGCCUGCGGGAGGCCCGGGACCGGCUGGUGCGGGAGGCCCAGCAGCAGCGGGAGAACUGCUCGCAGGUGACGGAGAAGCUGAAGCAGGCGGCCAUCAGUGCCAACAGUGAGCGGGAGCUCUGCCGGCAGGAGACCAUCCGCCUGCGGGCACAGUACAGCGGGCAGAGCCUGGGGCAGAACCAGUGCUGCAGCCUGGGGGAGAAGAUGCUGGGCGAGUUCCAGAACAUCCAUCAGACCCUCCAGGGGAAAUUGGGGACCCUCCCAUCCUACUCGCCCAGCAGCUGCACCACUCUGAGCCAGCAGCUGAACUCGCAGCUCAAGACGCUGGGGGACAAGCUGCAGCAGGAGGUGCGGACCCAGGCGCAGGAGAACGGGCGGCUGCAGGGCGAGAAGCUGCUCAGCGAGGCGAACCUGCAGGACUGCAGGCAGCAGUGCAACAGGGAGACCCAGCAGCACCAGCAGCAGCUGCAGGCGCUGCAGGCUGUCUGCGACGCCGAGGCCACGCGGAGCUACCAGGAGAAGCAGACGCUGACGGAGGAGAAGGGGCACCUGAACCAGCAGCUGCAGGAGAAGAACAAGCUUCUUGCCCAGGCAGAGGCCACGAAGGCCCAACUGGAGAGCUGCAGGAGGGCAAAGGGCAGUGCUUGGAACCCAGGCCUGAGAAAUCCUAGCAACCCCGGGACCUUCGGGAACCCCGGGACCUUCGGGAAUCCAGGGACACUGGGGAACCCUGGGACGUUCGGGAACCCCGGGACGUUCGGGAACCCAGGGACACUGGGGAAUCCCGGGACGUUCGGGAACACUGACAGAGCCAGCCUGGAUGAAAUCAGAAAGCGAAUCCUGGAGGCGGCCAAGCUGUCCAACCAGUUCCCCCCAAAACCCGUGGCGCAGCCCAGCGGCUAACGAGAGAGCAAGGCCAUGGGGAGCAGAGGCCGGGAGCUGAGCUGGAGGAAACGCAACUUGAUUGGCAAGAAACUUCGGAGACUGAGCUGGUGCACGGCCUGAAAUCGCUCUCGCUCACACAGACAGACACGCCAGGGCAGAGACUUACAGCCAGGCGCAAACACAUACAUGUGAAUCUCCCCCACCCACACAGCUGCAAUCCAUCUUACAGCCCGCCCCCAGCUCCAAUCUCUCGCGCACACACACACUUGGCCAGACUCUGAUCGCCCAGCUCACGCUCACCCCAGACACACACACCCUCUCUGGGCCUCCCCCUCCCGCCCCUUAUUCCUGGUCCAGUUACCCCUGGUUCGCCAGCCCCGGAAGCUGGGUGUGCUGGCGGGAGGGGAGCUCAUGCUGAUCUCGCUCUUUGGCAGCCCCCCCCUCCGACUUGUAGCCCUUUGGGUGGGGGGGUCUAGCCAGACCUGGCAGCACGGCACAGGCCCACCCCGGGGUGGGGGAGGACCAUGGCUCCCUCUGUCUGACCCCACUAACUCUCUGGGCUUUACUCACCCUCACUAUCCCUGCUGAGAUCCCCUCUGUCCUCCCACCCCUGGGCCUGACCCCUGCUCCAGCCUCACCCCCGCCCUCCUCCAGCCACUCAUGCAUCCCUGCCCAGACCUCAAGCCCCUGGUCUGCUCAGGCUCCGCGGCUCCAACACCCCUCCAGUCCUGCAGCCCUUUCCCCAGCCUUUUGCCGGUGGGGCCCUUGCAGCUCACCCCAUCCCAGGGAGGUUAGACCCUGGGGCCCUGCCCAAUGCCACAGCCCAGGGGGUGCAGGAUCUGCCAUGAAUAUGAACGCAGGGCUAGGAGGCGAAGGGGAACCGCCGGGGCGGCUCCGGCCUCUCUCGCUGAUUAGCCGAGCGAUGCGGCGGAGGCUCAUGGCGCUUUGCUGUAAUUCUUCCACUCCGCACUGAAUACACGCCUGACGGCA